AAUUUGGGGAAAAGGCGAAAUAUAAUACCAUUCACCAUCAUCUUCACAGCUUAUCUGUUAAUUGCGUAAUUACAUCUGUUCUAUUUCUAUCUCUCUUUCUCUCUCUACCUGAAAUUUCAUACGCUUUUGUAACCUUUCUUGAACACAGAGCUCAAUCACCUGUUGUGCGUUGUAAGUAAAAUGCAGACAAGAACAGUACAAGUUGGGCAUCUUUCAGAUCUAGCUACCGAGAGAGAAAUUCACGAGUUUUUCUCCUUUUCUGGCGACAUAGAGCACGUUGAGAUCUGCCGCGAUUCAGUACAAAACAAGACUGCAUUUGUCACGUUUAAAGAUCCAAAGGCUCUUGAAAUUGCAUUAUUGCUAUCGGGAGCAACCAUAGUGGAUCAGAUUGUUAGCAUCACACCUGUAGAAGAUUAUGUGCCACAACCCAAGUUCCAGGAAGUUUGUGAAGUAGAUAAUGCCAUGAGUAUGUCUCCAGAAAACCUUUCACCAAAUGCAGAGGGGAAUGGUAGUUCUCCUAGGAGUGGAAGAGUGUACAUGAGUAAAGCACAAGAUGUUGUAACAAGUGUUCUUGCUAAAGGUUCAGCAAUCAGGGUUAAUUCAUUGGACAAAAGAGUAGGGCUUACAGAGAAAUUUAGUGUUGGGGUUUCAGUUGUAAAUGAGAAGGUUAAGUCAGUGGAUCAAAGGCUUCAAGUAUCAGACAAAACAAUGGCUGCAAUAAUGGCAGCUGAAAGGAAACUAAACAACACUGGAUCAGCUGUCAAAUCAAGCAGGUAUGUGACUGCUGGAACAGCUUGGCUGAAUGGUGCUUUUGGUAAAGUGGCAAAGGCUGGGCAAGUUGCAGGAACGAAAACAAGACAAAAAUGGAACAUAGCAGUCUCAAAUUUAACUGCAAAGGAUUCACCAAUUGCUGCAUGAUGGGAGUUUAUACUUUAUAGACAGCUGCAUGCAUGCAUAUUCAUAUUCUUGUUGAUCAUAUGGGGUUCUUAUUUCUUUCUCAAUCAUCAAAUGAUCAUUGAGGUGUAUAAUUAGAUGUUUGAGAUUUGCAAGCUUUGUGUGUGGGGAUUGGAUAGUUUAGUAGUACACGUUUCUUCUUCUACUUUGUAGUGUGUUUAUGGGCAGUUUUGUCAAUUCAAUUAUAUUUGUUAAUUGUUGGUGUAUUCUUAUGUCAACUCGAGGGUAUUGUGCAUUAAGGUCCUGUGAUUUUCAAGUGUGUACUUCUAGGACAUAAGUCAUUAAUGAUGCUUCAUUUAAAACUUCUAUUGAUCC